UGGCUGCCAACUCAUCGAUAUGUUGACGGUUUUCUAAUAAUGUUCGUUUAAUCGUAACGUUUGUUGUUCAAUAUUAUUCAACGAGAUCGCAAGAAAUUGUCCCAAUAUGCGAGGCGUUUUAUUAAUACUCGCGUCACUGUUCGCGUACGUACAUUCUAUUAGAUUCUUUCUUGAACCGAACUCGAUGAAAUGUUUGAAAGAGGAAGCGCAAGCUCAUGUUUUGGUCGCUGGAGAAUACGAAGUCACUGAAACGCCGGCUGUUAAAACCGAAUACGUUAUUCGAGAUUCCAAGGGAGAAAUACUUUCUAGAAAUGAUAACAUACCACAUGGGAAGAUAUUGAAAUUCACGUUUGUUAUGGAGACAUACGACACAUUCGAGAUCUGCUUCAUGGCCCAUGCCAUACAGCCGUCUUUCUCAGGCAAUAUAAAACAGAUCAAACAAGAAGUCCACUUGGUUACAAAGCGUGGUAUUGAAGCAAAGAAUUACGAAGGAUUGAUAAGCGAAGCUGCGAAAUUGAAACCUUCCGAAGUAGAAUUGAAACGUUUGGAGGAUUUAUCCGAAGCAAUUGUUCAAGACUUUGCUCGAAUGAGAAAGAAUGAGGAAGAGAUGAGAGAUACUAAUGAGACCACAAACACUCGAGUUCUGCACUUCAGUAUAUUUUCCACAUUAUGGCUUUUGGCACUCUCUACCUGGCAAGUUUUGUACCUGAGGCGUUUCUUCAAAGCGAAAAAACUUAUCGAAUAAAUAGAGAGAAAGUCAGCAAAGAUUUUCCAUUUUCUAACAAAUUUUUACAUCCUACAUAAUUUUAUUUAUUCAUCUGUUCGAUGAACAAGUGAAGGAAGAUCACCAGAUUUGAUAAGGAAACUUCGUAGACUUGUACUUUGUAUAUUUGAUUAUUAGAGUGGGGAUGUUAUGCAUUUAUAACGUACACGAUUCUGUCUGAAACUCCGUACAGUAAAAAAUUCAAUAAAGUUCAGUUAGAUUUUUAUUUUAUCUUAGACCUGAUAAGACCCUUAACGAUAUCGAUAAAUUUCAGUUGCCGUAAAUCAAUCUAUAAACAUGUGUAUUUGCAUAAACAUCCACAGUCUAGUAAUUACGUUGGAAUAAAACGACAGAUAAAGUCAGAUUGAAUAGGUACACUAUAUAUUAAACUUUUCUUUUAUACUCCU